CACAGAAUACUUUAUAAUUUAAAAAUGUUCACAAAAUUAUCGAGUGAAAAAAACACGAGUAGGGCAAGAGAAGUACAAGCCACAAGACAAUUCCGAAAGAAAAGAAGAAGGAAAAUCAUGUAAUUGCGCAUUUAAUCGUCAUAAAAUUAAGAUUAUUCGUUCGACAUUUUAUUGGUGGCAUAUUCUUUUAUCGACCACAUAACGAAAAACGAAGGUUUGUUGAUUUCCCAUCUAAAAAACGGGCGCUAUCUUGAACUCGUCUCCAAAUCUAUUACGGCUGCUGCUGCUGCAACAAAGUGGGCACACAAAACUUCCUAAUAAUUCAAUGAAAGCAAGCAAGAGGAAAAAAAGUAUUUACCGAUGAUGCAACUGAAAAGAAAAUAGAAGAGAAAAAUUAUAAAAAAGUACCACUUGCUCUGAGCCAACUGUCGUCAGUCAAUUGUUGUGUGGUGGUGAGAAGUGUGAUUUUUAAAAUACCAGACAUUCCAUAUGUCCGACUCGGAAUACAGUGAAUCCUUUACCGGUGGUGGUCAGGAAGAAAUUGGCGGCAGUGUUGGAGACAAUGAUCGUAGGCAGCGGCAAAUGCAGAUGCAGCAGCAAAAUGCUUAUGGCAACUUUGCUGCUGGUUCCAGCAGUAGUAGCUCUGGCGGAGAUUCCAGCGUUUCAUCCACAUCCUCGGAUGAUGACACGGACGAGGAAAAUGAGUCCGAUGAUUCUUUGGAAUUGGCAAAAAUCACAAAUGAAGUAUUGAGCUUACCUCGAGGUUUAUGCGAAAAUCCUGCAAUUUUUCAAGAGUUUUUCUCAUUGGAAACAUGGAAAGAUCUGCCACCACACAUGCAGAACCAUCUUCAGCAAUUCCUGCCUAACUUUAAUAAAGCUCUACCGCCCCAAAUGGCGGCCGUGGAACAAACCCGUUCCAUUUCCAUGUUAUUUAGCGGAGAAUUGAGUGCAUUUGGCCAAUCGCCCUUGGCUAAUUUACAAAAACAUUUAGAGGCUGGCAAUUAUCGUCCGGAUAUUAAGAAGCUACGUGAAAACAUCAAAAAGUCACAAAGGCGGGAAAGUAAAUUUCAAACCUGCGAACGUUUAUCCUAUAUGGCCAAGCAACUGUUUGUAUCGCGGCAACGUUUACUUGACCAUGCCCACAAAUCUUUGCCUGAUAAUGUUGAGAAAGCCCCUCUGCCCACCACUUCGGUGUCGAGUAUGCGCCAGCCAAAGCCGGGACAUUUAUAUCAUGACAAUAAACUGUCAGCGAUAAGAGCUCGAAAACGUUUCUACAGUGAAAUCUCACAAAUAGCCCAAGAAUUGCAUAUAUCGGAAGAGUUUGCUCUCAGCGCCGAUGAGGAGGAGAAUGACAUGGAUAAUAAUCUUAAUGAGGAGUGGCGUAAAGAUUUAAUACAGCAACAACGUUCACUGGAGGAAAAUGCAGAACCGCCCAAAACGAACAUAGCAUUGGCCGAGCGUUGCGUCUACAGUACUGUGUUCCGGAAACGUUCAGAGGUAGAUGAUGAGGAAGCAUUCCGUUGGCAACAGCGAUCACGUCAAUCGAGGCUAACAAAUCGCAAUUUCAAAGAAUAUUUACGGGAACAUAAGCGGAGAAAACUUACUGAACCGACUUUACCCGAGCUGGAGACAUCUGAUAUACGCUUAAGAGACGUAUGUGCCCGGGCACAGAUUGGUGGCAAUUUCAAACGUCUCCCUGGAACAGGAAAACCAGGACGCAAACCUAAGUCUCUAAUAUCAGCAGCUAACAAUUCCAUGACAACUUCAAUGAUUGCUGGAAACACUGAAGCAACUUUGGGCCUCAAUAACAAUAAACAGCAACCAUCCUCAUUACCAGUAACGCCAAAUAAUACAACCACACCCCACCCACAGCUACCGCCACCACAAACACCCAACAAACUAAGUGAACCACCUGCCCUUGUACCCAUUCAACAGCCCAUCACAAAGAAAACUGAAUUAUUUCAGUCUCAGAAUGCCGGCAAUAUGCCAACAGUAUCACCAACAACAACACCAGUACACAGUUAUCACCAACAGAAGCAGCAGCAAUUGCAACAAAUGGAAACUUCGCCCUCUUUCACAAGCAACAAAGCCAACAAUCAUUUACAUAAUACAUCAAAUGAUUCACUAAAUAUGUCUUCAUUUAUGACCGGUCACAGUGAUAAUUUGAAUCUGUGUAUGGACGAUGCGUCCUUAUUGGCCUCCAGUGAUCAUGAAGCUUUUACUAUGUUAGAUAAUGAGGUAGAAUUACAGCAGGAAGAGGUGGAAACUUUUGGUGGUUCAGCGGGUGAUGACAAUUUAAGCAACUUUGUUAUUGGGGAUGACAUUGUUUUGGGAGGUCCAGGAAAUGGCUCAUCUAUUUUACAGAGUCCACAUGGCCAUAAAAAUGGAAAUCGAAAUAACAAUCAACAACCAUUGCCCAAAUUGGAGCCAAUUUCUACAAAAUCUACUCUUAAAUCCGCAAACAAUCAAAAAUCCUUAUCAGCAACAUCGCCCACAUCGAACAUGACAAACCUCAUUUGCUCCAGUGAAUUGAUACAGGAGACUCAUGCCUCCUAUUUCUCAUUGAUACGCGACUUCUUCUGUUCCACGCCCAAUCAUCGAAUGCGUUAUGACGAUUUAAAAUGUAAAAUAGAUAUUUGGUUGAGGAAUCCCAUAACUGCCCUUAAUGAGUGGUAUGCUCAUGCCGAUAAUUGGUCGAAUCUUCUAAGCUCUGCAAUUAAUUUUUUGGUUGGCGAUUUUCCUGAUCUCCCCGAAGAAUAUGUACCCUACAUUGAGCAUAAAUUACAGUUGAAUAUCUAUCAAUGGAUAGGUGCGGGACGUGAUUCCGACACUCGUUUGGCGGACCUAUGUAGUCUGUGGAUGGAGAAGAGAAAACAUCCGCAGGAUAGACAAAAGACAUUAGAAGGCAAAUUAGAGGUAUUGCCCAAAUCGCAAGUAGAAAGUGACGAAACAGCGGCUGAAGCUGCGGCAAUGAUACCGCCACCACCUCCACCAAGAUUUCCCACAAAUUGGACUGUACGACCUGCUACACAAGAGGAAAUACUUGAAUUUCAACGGCAAGAAAGAGAACGUUUUGAACAGCCUCACAAAGCCUACACGUAUUUCAUGCAUGGUUAUGAAAGUGUUGUGGGUCCCGUCAAGGGAAUCUAUACGCCAAUGUUGGCUUUGGCAAAGGCGCGAGGACACAGUAUGAUGGUGGGUGAUAGACCGAACUUUGUGACCAUUCUCACUCUGGUGCGGGAUGCCACCGCUCGUUUGCCAAAUGGUGAGGGCACGCGGGCCGAUAUAUCCGAGCUAUUGAAAUGCUCACAAUACAUUAAUCCAGAUGCAGCUGAAAAUGUUUUACAAACAAUAGUCAGUGGAGCAUUGGAUCGUAUGCAUACGGAGCACGAUCCCUGUGUACGUUACGACCCGAAAAGGAAAAUAUGGAUUUAUUUGCAUCGAAAUCGCACAGAGGAGGAAUUCGAGCGUAUCCAUCAACAAAAUCAAACGACUGGAAAGUCGAAAAAACUGCAACAGCGUAAACCCAGACCCAUGACAAUGACACCAGGAGCUAAAUUAAAUAGUCCCGAACAGGAAAUGGCAGCAGAGUUGGGUGUGGCAAAUGGUGGCGGAGUUGGAACACUGAAAACACUACCUGCCUUGGUACCCGCCAAUCCUAUUAUUGUCAGCAACAAUAGCAGCUCCCAAAGGCAGCAGCUUUCCGCAAUAUCGCAGCAAAAACAUUUGCAACAACAACAGAUUCAAUUGAACAAAUGCCCGCCCGUUCCACCAUUAAAAUAUAACAUACCUCCCUCGCAACAAGUUUCGGUGAUGACCACCAGUCCACAGCAGGCUCAGCAACAGAAAUCUUUACUCAAGCCAACAAUAAGACAAGAAAAGACCAAUACGGGCCAGCAUAGUUUUCAGGUUCCGCAAGCAAAGACCUCCAAUCAACAUUCAAAUACAACCCCGAUUGUUGUCGCCACACCCCAAGGCCUACAAACUGUACAUGUUUCAAAUGCCACCUCAGUGGUUUCAUCGAAUACUAACAAAAUCCAUCAACAACAAACAUCUCCGGUACAACAAACCAACCUUACCGCCAAUUUGGCCGGCAAGCGUGUUAUGCUCAACAAGCCCAUAAUUAUCAAUCAAGUCACCAAUCAAGUAAAUCCAACCGUUAGUUCUACAACCAAACAAAAAUCACCCCAACAAAUAGUUAAACAACAAAGUCGCAUCACCCUUAGUCCACAACAACAGCAGCAAUUGCAGCAACAAUCCUCAAAUAUUAUUACCUUGCCCAUCUCGAUGGCCAAUAGCAUUAAUAUAAAUACAAAUAACGCUGCCGCAGCUGCAGAUCUCUCGGAUAACACAAUUUCGACGGCAGCUCACUCUCCUUCUCUAGGCGGUAAACAAAAUAUCAUACGCCUUCUGCCAACAUCCAAAACAAUACUAACAUCGCCCACCGGUGGGAGCGGUCAACAUUUGGUCAAUAGGCAGCGAAUUGUUACAACAAAUCUAUCGGCCACUAGUCCAGUACCAACCGAUCAGAGGCCCAGUACACCGCAACAGCAUCAACCACAACGGAGUACUUCAGGUUUCCAAUUGUUAUCGAGUAGUGGAAAUGUUGUCACCAUCAACAGCAGUCCAAGUAGUUCCACGACGGCAACAUCCACCCCGACCGGAGGCUCUAUUGUCAAAAUGUCUGCCCAGCAAUUUGCUGCGCUACAACAAAAACAGGCAGCCGCCCAACAGCAACAGCAUAUUAUUAUGAAACAAUCUACAUCGCCUACUGGAGUCAAAAUGCAAACGGGUCAGACUGUUAAAACUCAAAGAGUUAUAUUGGGCAACACAUCUGUUAUUGGACAAUCCACGCAGGGCAAAAAUAUUAUACUACAGCAAUUACCAGUCGGCAGUUCGACUUCGGUGGUGGUCACACCCACGACAACAACAACAUCUGUCUCAGCAACGACCACUCUAAGUGGUAGUAAUAAGAUACAAACAAUUAACACAACAAUAUUGACUCCGCAACAACAAAGAAUACUCAUGCAAAAUCUUAAACAGCAGCAACAACAGCAACAAUCCAGUAAUAUUAAUCAAAAUCAAUUACAAUUUAAAACUGUACAAGUUGUCGCGAACAAUGCCGGCUCAACAACACAACAACAACAGCAAAACAUUAUCCAAAGACCCCAAACCAUAACACUGGCAACACAAUCGAACACAACACCCAAGACUGUAGUGAUGGCAACAUCACAGGAUAGCAUUGCUUCGCCACAGCAACAGCAACAAGGUUUCACAAAAAUACUCAAAACAACAAGUCCCCAACAACAACAACAGAAAACUUCAGAGGCAACUUCAAAUCAAACUGCUCGCAUUAUAACCAGUUCGGGCGCACAAAUUAUUUCCUUGGAUAGUUUGCUACAAAAACAAGGAGGAGGUACACUACGCAUUGCUGGCACCGUAAAUCCCCAAACAGUUGUUAAGGCGAGCAAACAAUUAAGUACUACUAUAUUACAAAAGGCUCCACAGCAGUUGCAGCAAACCCCGCAGCAAUCAAAACAUCCACAAUCUCCACAACAACAACAACCACAAUAUGCCAUUGUUUCUGUACCGAACAGUAUUAUAUCACUGGGUAAUACUAGUAACAUAACCGUUGGCCAAAGAAUUAUAUCAACUCAAGCAAAUUCUGGUACGGUUAACACAUCGUUUGUUAACGUUGAUGCCACGAAAGUAACACCCGGCAUUGUGACAACAGCCACCGGUCAACGACGCAUCUUAACAACUGCGGGUGGUACAAAAAUUAUCAGCAAAGCUGGUGCCACCACAGCAGCGGCGGCUACGGGGGCGAGUAAUAUUCGUGUAUUGAAUGCCAACAACCAACAGGUGUCGGGAAAUCUGAAUGUUACAACGUUACAAGGAAAGCCCCUGGUUUUGGCCUCUGGCAAAACUGUCACGGCCAUUAAUAAGGCACAAAUUGUCAAUCCAUCAGCGCAAAAUAUUAUUCAAACGUCGGCUGGAAGCAUUGUUAUCGGUGGUCAAACCAUUAAACUUCAGCAGGGAAAUACAAAUAUCCAACAGCUUCUUAAUAGAAGUGGUAACAUAGUGACAGCUCAGCAGCAAGCCACAACGUCAAAUCAAGCCAGCAGCAACAGCGGUAGUAAUACUGGAACAGGUCAACUGCAAACCGUUAUUAUGGGCAAUCAAAUACUUCGGGUGCAACAAAUGCCACAAAUUGUUACGGCAUCCGGAAAUCGUCUAACAACGAAUGUGAUCAAUAAUAAGAUCAUAAAUAGUAGUGAAUCGGUGGGAGGAACUACAACAGCUACUUCCACUACAACAAAUGCACCGAAGACUAUACUCUUGGGUAGUGGUGGACAAACACUUCGAUUGCAGCCAGCCACCUCAAUGGGCCAGACAACGAGUAAAAAUGUUAUUAUAAAUACAAAUCAACAGACCAGCACAGCAUUAAAAACAUCUGCAAGCGGUAGUACAGCAACAGCCACAUCAAAUCGCGUAGUCUUGGCUGUACAAGGCGGUGGCCAAAUAUUUCUAUCGCCAAAUAAUCUAAAUCUUAAAACUCUGCAGAAUUUGAAAAUGGUUUCACUGGCCCAAGCCAAAGACCAACAAAACAAUUCAGGCAACAUUCAAACACAGGCGAAUAUUUUGAAAAUAUCACCUUCAUCUACAUCUAAUGAUGCAAAUGUUUAAUUAAGUUGAUUUACUUAAAUAUUUCCACUCCCAUUUUUUGGAGCAACAAAAAGAACAAAUAAAGCAACAUGAUUAUAUCACGUUGAAAGUAAUUAAUAAUUACGCCAAGCGUAAAAUGAAACAUUGAUUACGGCGGCUCCUAACCAAGGACCCCACCCCUUCCCCCUCUUUCUUACUCCCUUGUACAUAUGAAGAAAUAAAUAUGUAAUAUACAAUUAGCAUUAAUAUUUGAUUAAUAAUUAAAUACCCAUAUAUAGAACUAAAACGCUGGCUCACAACAACAUUAUAUUCUACAUCGUAUUCGAUUGAGAGAAAUUCAUCCAUCAACACGUUAGCUUUGUAACAUUCACCAAAACGGUUUAUGCACUGCUCACAAAACAUUAUAUACAUACAUCCAUAAAACCGCCUCACCCACAUUUUCAUUUUUUCUAACUAAUACUUAAUGCUGAAAUACAAACAAUUUGUAUUUGAAAUGUUUGUUUAAAUUAUUAUUAUUAUUAAAACAUAAUACAAAUACACUUGAGUUAAAUAUAACAAAGCAGAA